UAAAAAUAAAUUAUGGUUCUGUAAAUCUGCUCCUAAUGCACACAGUCAUAAAACAGUGGUAAUAGACGUUUAAUUACAGUGUUCACUGCAAUACAGACACGUUAAAGUUAGCGCUAGCUUGCGGUGGUUUGCCGCCAUGCCUUGCUCGUUGGUUAGCGGCGCUGGAGUUCGGAUCCCUCUGGAGGACGGACGAGCUGUGAUUCUGGGUCGAGGUCCGGACACAGGAGUCACAGAUAAAAAGUGCUCCAGGCACCAAGUGAAGGUGGUGGCUUGUUAUGCUGACCAGGAUGUGCUUGUAACUCAGCUCGGCCCCAACCCUAGUUUCCUAGAUGGUGAGAAACUGGGCCGGGGUCAGUCUGGUAAGCUGAGACAUGGCAGCGUCCUGUACCUGGUUAACCAGAAUCACGCCUUUAAAGUGCUCUAUUCUCUGAGCUCCAAUGGGAAAGACACCAGCAUAGCACAGGAAGGAAAAAAAGUCCAAGAUAAGACAAAAGACACGUCUAAGAGCAGGAGCACAGAGCUCUCAAGUCCAUCACGCAAGUGCACUAUAAAGGAUUUCUUCCCUUCCUCUCCCAUGAAGUCAUCCAAGCGGCCGUACAGCGGAGAGACAAAACCCCCUGAGGUGAAGCGCCAAAGGAGGUUUAAGAAAUCCCCAGAUGGCGAGAAGAAGAGCGAGGAGGAUGAGGAUGAGCGAAUGGCAGAGGAAAAGCUGAAGCAGCUGCAGGAGAUGGUAGAGAAGGCUACGGCGGAGGGAAGUGGCAGCAUCCAACCAGCAUCAGCUUCGUCAUCGUCACAGGCUUGUCAGAAGAGCAGCUGGCAGCAGACAGGCUCCCUGAUGUUUUACACUGCUGCUGGUGUUAAAGCAAGUGAAAAGAUCGCUGGAUUUGAUAUAGAUGGCUGCAUCAUCACCACUAAAUCGGGUAAAGUCUUUCCCACUGGACCAGAUGAUUGGAGGAUCCUCUACCCUGAGAUUCAGCCCAAACUGGCCAGCUUGCUUACAAAAGGAUAUAAGGUGGUGUUUUUUACGAACCAACUAGGAAUUGCUAAAGGUAAACUGAGACCAGAGGUCUUCAAGUCAAAAGUGGAAGACAUUCUGAGUACAAUACAGCUACCUGUGCAGGUGUUUGUAGCAACUGGUCCUGGUAUCUAUAGGAAGCCCGUAAUGGGAAUGUGGAAUUACUUGUGUGAGAAGGCUAAUGAAGGCGUGGCUGUUGACAAGACACAGAGUGUCUAUGUGGGAGAUGCAGCAGGUCGACCAGAAAACUGGGCUCCUGGAAGGAAGAAGAAGGAUUUCUCCUGCAGUGACCGACUGUUUGCUUUGAAUAUCAGGUUGCAGUUCCAGACCCCAGAGGAGUACUUCCUGGGCUGGAAGAGCGCCCCCUAUAAACUGCCUGAAUUUGACCCUAGGGAGCUUGACUGUACUGCCCGGCUGUACGACCCGCCGUCUGCCUCCCUCACCUCCAACAAAACAGAAGUCAUCGUCGCUGUGGGUUUUCCUGCAUCUGGUAAAUCCACUUUCUUCCACACCCACGUCAUUCCAGAAGGUUAUGUUUAUGUCAACAGGGACACACUUGGAUCAUGGCAGAACUGUGUGUCAGCUUGUGAGCAUGCUCUUAAGGAGGGGCAAAGCGUCGCUGUAGACAACACCAACCCGGACCCAGAGUCUCGAAAACGAUAUGUGGACAUGGCAAAGGCAGCAGGAGUUCCCUGUCGCUGUUUCCAAUUCUCAGCCACUCUGGAACAAUCCAAGCACAACAACAGGUUCCGUGAGAUGGCUCCGUCAGACAGCAAACACGCGAAGGUCAAUGACAUGGUCUUCCACAGCUACAAGAAACACUUUGUGGCUCCGAAACUCUCUGAGGGAUUCACCGAAAUCCUCCACAUCCACUUUGUCCCUCAUUUUAAAGACAGUCAGUCAGAAGCCUUGUUCCGGCAGUUCUCUGAAGGUUGAUUGGACCACUGGCUCUUUGACACACUGGACCUCUUAAAUCUUACCAACAGAACAUAAAGGCUGCAGUCAAACUGUGAGGUUCAUCCAACAACAGUCAGAGUUUGGCAGCCAGCAUGUUUGUUUGUUUAUUUCUUUACUAUGUCUCAGGAAAAACCCAUUUUUUCACAUGUGCUGACAAAGUUUAUUGGAAAUAAAGAACAGUAACUACUUUUACAUUGUUGUAUGAUAUAAUUUAAUCACUCUGAUUUUCCAUUUCACAGUAGAACAACAACAAAAAC